AUGUUAGCGAUACUGACUCUUCUAGGCCCGCCCGUCGAUGGGCUUGAUUGUCUACGUGACGUUCCGGUCAAUUCGCAGGACGACAAAUGCUUGAGGCGGAUUUCAUCUUGGAUGUCUGAAUGUGAAGAGCACACGGCAUGCUCUCAAUCGAAGUCGGUUCCUUUGCCUGAAAGGGUCAUUGAGAUUUCUCCCGAUCCUGCGGUGGCUCCACGCAUCAUUUCCUCUGACGGACGAAAUGGGUCCUACAUCAUCUUAAGCCAUCAUUACUCGGGGGACGCUCACAUUCCGGACACCGCUAAACUACUGAAAGGUGGCCUGCCCGUGACUUUGAAAGUCGUAGCCUUCCCGAAAGCUAUAGCUGACGCCAUCGAUGUCGCCCGUCGAUUGGGCUAUCGAUAUCUCUGGGCAAGAGAGCUCUGUAUGACAGCGAGCGAAUUUUCAGAGAACUCGUCCUGCUUCUUGAGUAUCUACGGCCGGGCAGCAUUGAUGCUUGCAGCAUCUGCUGGGCCAGAAGCCGAUCACGGGUUAUUCCACGACAGGACAAUCCUCUAUUCUCCAGCGCUAGGAACUGGCAAAGACAGAUUUUUCCGGCCACGCGUCCUACGCUGGAUGUCAAAUAUUGAACAAUCACCACUUGCUGGGCUUGGUUGGAACGUCGUGGAGAGAAUGCUUGCACCGCGCAUUGUUCAUUUCACAGAUCGGCAGCUGGUCUGGGAAUGUGCUUCAGGCUGUCAAUUCGAAGCAGCAAAAAUCAUUGGAGACCAGGGCUCUGGGAGAAGGAUCAACGCCUACGAUAAAAGCAUUUUUCAGCGUUAUAUGCAGGAUGCACUCCAGCAAUCCCCUGGCGAGAUCAAUAAAGGCAGUGAUGAUGGGACGAAGAAAUCAGUUGCACGAUUCAAAACCUGGACUGACAGUGUGAACGCGCUCUCUUGGGGCAGAUUCGCUACUCCUUCCGACAAACUCCUCGUGGUCGGGAAGGUUGCACUAGCUAUGAGCGAUAACACGAUGGGAGACUACCUGGCAGGAAUCUGGAGCAAACACAUCAUAUCUGGGCUAGCUUGGGGCCGGAUGUUGUCUCUUUUGACUCCAACAUCCGAGUAUGUGGCUCCCACCUGGAGUUGGGCCAGCAUCGAUGGCCCCGUGGCCAUAGAUAAUGUCCAGGAAGAUACCACUUCAGAUUCCUUGUGGCUUCAGAAGCACAAGCCAAAGCUUGUUUCCCACCACAUGGUACUUGCGGACGCUUCCAACCCUUAUGGGAAUGUUUUGCAGGGGUCUCAUAUCGUCCUUGAGGCAGCUUGCAUUGGGAUCAAAAAACUAGCAGAUAGUUUCAAGGUGCAGGAACCGGCAUUUCAAGUACGACCAGUUCUGGAUCAAUCGUUGAUGUUUGAUUGCGGCUGCUGCAGACCCAGGUCGGACGAGGUCCAAGAGGCAGACGAGAGCAAAUUUAAUCGAGAGAUCGAGCAUCAUGUCUGUAUGAUCCUGAAGCUUGACGACUUGGACGUGAAGACCGAUGAUGUGGGAUCCUGUGUUUGUCUUAUUUUGAAACGUUCCGAUGAAAGCGACUCUUUUACCAGAGUAGGCUUUUUGACAUUUUCACUCAAUUGUAGGGAUAGAAUGGACGCAUUGGGUUGGGAAAGACGCAAGCUCAAGUUGGUCUGA